GAGUAGACCUCCUUCCCUCUCUCUCUCUCUUUCUCUCUGUUUCUCCACCUCCCCGGCUCCACAUAGUCCGCUUAAUUCCGCUCACUCGCGGUCAGCGGGCGUGCGGUUGCCAAGAGAGACGCACAGCCUUGCAGCGUGGAGGUUUUGUAAAGGGGGGAAAAAGCCGCAUUUCCUCGCUGGAAUGUCGAGCGGCGGCUCGGGCUCUUCCUCGCGGAGGGACUUCGAUGUGAAGCAGAUCCUCAGGAUCCGAUGGCGGUGGUUCGGUCACCCCGCGGUCCCUCCGCCGCACUCCCCGGCGCUAGAUCCCGCCGCCAGGAGGAGAGCGGGCGGCGGUGGUUCCGGGGACGGAGCCUCAGUGAGCGGCUGCAGCGGCGACUCCUCCACGGCGGCCAGCGGUCACCCGGGCGGGCUGGUGGCCAGCGGCAGCGCGGGCUCUAACCUGUGCAGCGGAAAGUUUCCCGGUCCGGGCGGAGCGGCGGCCGGAGCCACGGGCAGCUCCUGCACCCGCUCCCUCAGCCAGCCGGAGUGCAGGAGCCCCGCCGCGGCUCUCUCCUGGGUCUCCCCGCCGCUCCGGCGGCGCUCCCGGCCGGUGUCGAGCAUGGAGCCCCCCGGCGAGGCCCCACUGCCCCCGCCGGUACCCGGGGUCGAGCAGGAGGAGGCGGCGGGAGGAUGCGAGGAGAUCCCGCACCUGGAGACAGACUCCAGCUCCUGCAGGACGUCCAACAGCAGUGCAACGCUGUCCUCGUGUGUGUCAAUGGAGCCAGAGGAUUGUAUGUUGUCUGCUAUGGGACAUGUCAGCGCGGGACACGCCGACACGUCUUUCCGCAAGAUGGAGGGCUACCUGAGGACCAGACAGCUGUGUGAUGUUAUACUGGUGGCUGGAGAGAGGCGGAUACCUGCACACAGACUGGUCCUCUCAUCCGUGUCCGACUACUUUGCCGCCAUGUUCACCAGCGAUGUGCGGGAGGCCAAGCAGGAUGAGGUGAAGAUGGAGGGAGUAGACCCUGAUGCAUUGUGGGUCCUGGUUCAAUAUGCAUACACAGGCUGUCUCGACCUGAGGGAGGACACCAUCGAGUCUCUGUUGUCAGCGUCCUGUCUGCUGCAGUUGUCAUCUGUGGUCCAAGCCUGCUGCUCCUUCCUCGUGAAGCAGCUCCACCCUUCCAACUGUCUCGGCAUCCGCUCCUAUGCGGACGCUCAGGGCUGCCACGACCUUCAGAGAGCCGCCCACUGCUACACCAUGGAACACUUUCUGGCAGUCAUUGGAGGCCAGGAGUUUCUGUUACUCCCAGUGGAGGAGAUGGAAAGGCUGCUCAAAUCUGAUGACGUUAAUGUGCCAGACGAGGAAACCGUAGUUACUUCUUUGUUAACCUGGGUCAGUCACGACAACGCCGUUCGGCUGCACCACCUGCCCGUGUUGCUGGCUCACGUCAGACUGCCACUACUACAACCUCAGUUCCUGGCGGACCUGGCAUCGAACCCUCUCCUCCGCGACAGCGUGGAGUGUCAGCGACUCCUGAUGGAGGGGAUGAAGUAUCAUCUGUUGCCCCAGCACCGGCCCCUGCUUCAGAGUCCUCGCACACGACCUCGCAAGGCCACCGUCGGGGCCAUGUUCGCUGUGGGGGGUAUGGACGCCUCAAAAGGUGCUACGAGCAUCGAGCAGUACUGUCUGCGUCAGGACUCUUGGAGGCAAGUGGCCACCAUGAGCGGACGGAGACUUCAGUUUGGUGUCGCCGUCCUCGACGACCGUCUUUACGUGGUGGGAGGCAGAGACGGCCUAAAAACCCUCAACACAGUGGAGUGUUACAGUCCACACAACAAGACCUGGAGCGUCAUGCCUCCCAUGUCCACACACAGGCAUGGCUUAGGUGUCGCCGUCCUAGGGGGGCCCAUGUACGCAGUUGGAGGGCAUGACGGCUGGAGCUACCUCAGUACAGUGGAGAGGUGGGACCCCCAAGCUCGCCAGUGGAGCUUUGUUGCAAGCAUGGCCACGCCGAGAAGCACAGUCGGCGUAGCGGUUCUCAACGGCAAGUUGUACGCAGUUGGAGGUCGUGACGGCUCGUCCUGCUUACGUUCGGUGGAGUGCUUUGACCCCCACACAAACAGGUGGACCGCUUGUGCUCCUAUGGUGAAGAGGCGGGGCGGUGUGGGUGUGGCCACGUGGCAUGGCUUCCUGUACGCCAUCGGCGGUCACGAUGCCCCGGCGUCAUCUCUGGCAUCUCGGUUAAGUGACUGUGUGGAAAGAUACGACCCUCAGACAGAUGUGUGGACAGCUGUAGCUCCCAUGAGUAUCAGCAGGGAUGCCGUUGGUGUUUGUCUCCUCGGUGACCGCCUCUAUGCGGUGGGCGGUUAUGAUGGGCAGGUGUAUCUAAAUACUGUGGAAGCCUACGACCCUCAGACGAAUGAGUGGACACAGGUAGCGCCUCUAUGUUUGGGCAGGGCCGGCGCGUGCGUGGUGGUCGUCAGAUUGUGAAAACACGAACAACUGAUGACUGUCCGCACAUGCUUUCACUCAGAGGCCGUCCUCAUCGUCACAGCUGACACCGACGGGACAAAAAGUGAACCAGCUGCCUUCAAUGGGAAAUGAAUUAUUUAUUUCUGAGCUCUCUUCAGGUUUUUCCCUCAUUUUUCUAUUCCUCCUUAAUUCUCACAAUACUCUACCUUUCAGGGAAUGAUUAGGGUUAAGGUACAGGUGAACUCCCCGACAAAUUUUCACAUCCGGUUAGGGUACUGCCUUGCAUGUUGAAGAGGCAUCUGCAGCAUGUAUCUGCAUACGAGAGAAAAAGCUGUCUUAACAGCUUUAUUUAAAUCUGCUUAUUAUUCCUUUUCUCUCAACGGUGCAGGACACACAUGCAGUGUAAACCUACACAAUCACUCUCAGCAUCUAUUUCUGAUGAGACAGAGAGAUUGUCAAGACUGCCUCAUCAUUUUCUUGCUGCUCUCCUAACAACAUGUGAUAUUGUCUGAUGUUGCUAUUUUAAUGCAUUCCCUGGUAUUUUCGUUCAGCGGUUGGUAAGAGCAUUUCUGCUCUGUUUUGCAGCGUUUGCCCACCGACAGAUGAAAGCAAGAGUUUGACAUAAUCAGCACAACUCCAAAAACAGCUUUUCUAUACAGAACUAUGAAGCACUUUGUUUUUGUCAUUUAAAAAAAAACCAUCGUGUUUCAUCUCAUAUUUUUGUGUGUAAUGUCUUCUGUGCUGCAUCAGCUCAGAUCUGGAGCUUGUACGGGCUGUAGAGGGUUUUUUUUCUUUUCUUGAUGAGUUACACUACAUGGAGAGAUUAUCUCGCCUUAUUCCUCAGUCAUUUUUCUAACUGUGCGAUUUUCCUUUUUCACAGUGAGCUCCAUUAAGCAGUGUUAAUGGGUUUACAGCCUGAGUGGUAAUAAUAACACUGAAGCCCUGUGUUGAUCCCUGCAGGGAAAAUUUGUUUUCAAUUUCCCCCAGAGCCCAAGGUCAGCUAUUUACAGACAUGUUUUUUUUUUCUCCACAAGAUCAGUUAAGCUUUUCUACCAGCUACCUUAAUUCUCUUCUUAAAUGUUAAGUCAUUGUCUGUGAAUGUGUGUGUGUGUCUGUCUGUCUGUCUGUCUUCUGAAACUCUAAGGAGUUUAUUUUUUAUCUCAAAUGAGAAUCUUCCUUUUCUUUGUCUCUCCACAUCCUCAAUUCCCUGCUGCUCUCUUCUUAUCCACAUGUUCCCAUUUCAUUACCUCGUGCACACACUCGGAGACACACGCACAUGACCACACACAAACCGUUACCUUUUGUAGCAGGAUCAAAAUUGAACACACCGAUAAAAGUGAACAGCAGCCCAUAUAACGAGACUAUAAAUUUAAUCAUGUUCUUUCACACGGUGUAGGUGUUUCGCUUGGUAUCAAGUUCAAAGCGUUACUUGAUUUGAUGCUGCUGCAAAGUGGCAGACAGGUAGGGGAAUCUGAAUCUGUGGGACAAACUCGUGUUUUCACGAAGCAUGAACAGAACAGACACAUUUGACAGCAAUUUCAUUUUUUGUACAUUUAACUGGUAUGCAGACAGAAAACUUACAGUGAGAAUAAAAGCAAGCAUCGUGUCUGAGCCCAGAGAUGCAGGGCUAAAGCAGCCCUCAGCAUGUGCUUUACAUCCUCACAUGAUUCAUCAUAAACACUUGAUUUGUGCAAAGACUUCCUUAAAGCCGAAAGCACCCCAAGAACGGGGGAAAAUUGAAAAGAUGCCCUAAUAUUCCAGCAUGCGACUCGUAAUUCCCCACAGCUGAGCUGAAGUUAUGAUGUUGCCUGAUGCACUUCUGCAUUAUUCUGUUUCUGCCCUUCAAGCCUGCCUGCUGUUUCUUUACACUAAUUCUCUUUAGAUGUCAGCAGAAGAAGUGCAGCAUCUCUGCAGUGGGAAUUCAGGCAAAGAUUAACAAUAACAGCAACAACAUUCCAAGUAAAUGUGUAAAUAUAGAUUGUAUAUUAUUUAUGUAAAUACAUAGAAAAUCUCUAUGUAGUGUUAUUGCAUUGUUCUGUAUAAACAUCCCAUUAAGUAUAUGUGUAAUUCUGUGCUUAAUUUUUUUUUCUACAAAUUCAGAAGAUAAACAGUUGUAAUAAAGGAAGGUGGUGCCACAGAC